AUGCCACCACUGCCUGGCUUCUCCGACAAUCCGUUCCGGUCGCGCUCAGAUCUGGUUCGUGCUGCGACAUCGAUUGUUUCUGCGCUUGAACCAUACAAAAGCAAGGGGAAGGCGAGGAUAAAGCUCCCGAUUGCAACAGCAGCAGGAUUCGACGAUGUCGCAGCACAGCUGGAAGGGUUCGCUCGUCCAUUAUGGGUAGUUCCUCUGAUGUUGAACGAAUCUAUCGGGAAUAAUGCGCAUCUCAACACAUGGAUUGAAGGGUUAGAAACCGGGACAGACCCUGACUCGCCGGAGUACUGGGGUGAUUUGACCGACUUUGAUCAGAGAAUGGUAGAAAUGGAAUCGAUAGCAUUUGCACUCCUUUGUAAUGGGGACACAUUUCUCGGGCCCUUAAGUGCGCAAGCAAAGACAAACCUCGCAACCUGGCUCGGACAAAUUAAUCAACACAGAAUGCCACAAAAUAAUUGGCUCUGGUUCCGCAUAUUCGUCAAUCUUGCGCUCGUGAAAGCUCUCGGCAUUGAGCGCGAUGAGGUACAGGAGCAGAUGGACGCGGAUUUCGAAACUCUCGAGUCAUUUCAGAUUGGUGAGGGCUGGUCAAGCGACGGGCUGUGGGGUGACGAGAGGAAGCAAGCAGACUACUACUCGGGCAGUUUCGCGAUUCAUUUUGCGCAGUUGCUGUAUGUGCGGUUUGUUGGCGAUGAAGACAAGACAAGAGUCGAUGAGUACCGCCGGCAUGCGAAGGAAUUUGGCAAAGUUUUCUGGAGAUACUUUGAUCUUAACGGCGCUGCUAUUCCUUUCGGUCGCAGCAUGACCUAUCGCUUCGCGUUUGCCGCCUUUUGGUCUGCCAUGGCAUGCGCGGACGUCCAGCUUCCUGCGCCCUUCGAUAAUAUCGGCAUAGUCAAGGGAAUGCUUUUCCGCCAUUUGCGGUGGUGGGCGAAACGGCCAGAAAUUUUCAAUGUAGACGGCACAAUGAAUAUCGGAUUCACAUACCCGAACAUGUACAUGAGCGAGGCAUACAAUUCCCCUCAAUCGGUCUACUGGUGUUUGAAAAGCUUUAUUGUUCUCAUGCUACCAGAAGAUCAUGGCUUCUGGGCAGCUCCUGAGCUCCCUCACCCUCUCGCUCAUUCAUCCGUCCCAUCUACUCUUCAGCCGUUGGCUCCGAUCAAAAUUUCCUGGCCGCCACGGCACAUCCUCUGCAACACACCAGAGCACCAUUUCCUCCUCUCAUCGGGGCAAAUGUCACGCAGAGCACAUAAAGCACGAGAGGCCAAGUAUGGAAAAUUCGCAUACUCGUCAGCUUUCGGAUUCAGCGUGCCCGCAGGGCCUUUGCUCGAACAGCUUGCGCCCGAUAGUACAUUAUGCGCAAGCCAUGACGAUGGAGAGAGUUGGAAUAUGAGAGCGGAGCCGCUUGGAGAAAGGUUAAUGGAUGUUAAGAUCGCACACGACACCAAGGACGAUCAAAAAAUUCAAGCCCUGGCCAGUGACUGGCGGCCGUGGAAGUACCUUGAUCUCACCAUCACCACGGUGUUGAUUCCGCCGGCUCAGGCCUUCCCGGGAUGGCAUAUCCGAGUCCACAGGGUCACAUAUCAAGAUGUUCCAUGGGUCAGCGAUAUUCAAAUCAUUGAUAGUGGUUUUGCCCUAGACGCUGAAACUCCAUCAGGCGGGUUCAUCACUCCAGAAGUACAGUCGGCCUCGGCUACAGACGCAGGCAGCUGCCUGUUGAGCUCGUCUGCCGGAACAAGUGCUAUCGCCGACAUGAAAGCUGAAGCACAAUUUCCGACAGAAUUGACCGAGGAGGAAAUUCAAAGCGAGAGCUUUGCGUUAAGGGCAGAUCCAAACACGAAUCUUAUGUCGUCAAGGACAUUGAUUCCGUCUAUAAAGCACCGUUUGAGCUUUCCUGGCCGAGCUAACGGCCUCGGGUUAAACGGAAGACAGGAGGCAUUGCUGGUAUCCGGUAUCUUUGCCGUGGCCGCGUCUGCGGGCACGAGCCAGGACACGAUUCGGAAGAUGUGGUCGAGACGGCCACGGCUGCAUAUAGAUGGCAGGGGCGAUAUGCAGAUUAGCGUGCUGUGA